GAAGAGGUCCAGGCUCUCAAGGAGGAAGGGAACCUGCCGGUGCUCCUCAAGUCCCUGGAUAAGCUGGAGAGAGAAGCCAAGGACAAGGAGGCCCCUGCCUGGCGCCCCACCGGCAUCCCCGAGGAAGACGUCCGUGGGGCAGUGGUGCCCUACCUUCUGAAGCAGCGCAAAUUCCUCCAGAAAUCCCUCCAGGAAAAGCAGGAGCGCAACUCGCAGCUGGCCGCCGCUGUGCUGGCCGGCCGGCAGAGGAUUGCAGAGCUGCAGGAGCAGAUCCGCCGGCAGAAGGAAGAGUGGCAGGGAACUGCUGUCGAUGGCCGGAAGACGAUGGAGAACUUGGAUGACGUCUCCUGAGGAGACCUGGCUGCUUCUUGGGGGGGCGAGGAUGUGAGGGAGACCUCAGCCACACAGUGAGCCUGGGGAUUUUUCUGCCAGGUUUCCAGAGCAGCCCUUCCCCUCUUGGCUUGACCUGGGGGUGUGUGUGCAUGUGACGAUAUCCUUGUUUUUAUUCCAAUAUUACGGCUCCUGCUUUGUAUUCCUUCCCCUCACAAUAUUCAUUCUGCAAGCUCUCCGGUUUGACAGCCAUGGACUUACACAAAUACAGGCGUAGGAGGACAAGCAAAUCAUACGAUCAGACAACAAGUGUCCCUUUGUAGAUUGCAUCUAGAUUCAUGUUUCUAGUUGAAGUUUGGACCUCUUAAAAGUUGUUGAAAAAAACACUGGGCUAGAUGGUCUCCAAGCUCCCUUUCGUUCUUCGGCAUCUUUUCUGACCUCCGAAGAGCUUCUUCUCACCCUCCGCCGUCUUCCUCUCAGGGUUCAACCAGCUUUUUCAACGCCUUGAUGAGCUUUUAUUUUUAGACUCCUGGUCAUCUUUUCUCGCCUUUUCCCAAACUUUAGCCAUGUAUCUGAAAAAAGGAGGCCUGGCUUUCACUGACCCUUUUUUUGGUCUGGGAAGCAUGGAAGAGAUUUUGCU